UGUGUUACAACUUGCAUCACAGGCUGUAACGUUAAUAUACAUAAGGGAAAGUUGUACGUAUUUUACGAGUUAUAGCUUUUUGCAUUUUACGACUGUAGUUAAUUAUAAACAUAGGCAGUACCCAUGUGGUUUCAUCGAGCCGGAGACUGCAGAUUCUUUUGUUAAUUUUAUUUUAUUUUUUUACCUGAAGAUGGACAUGCAAGAGAGAAUAAGAAUAGGAAACCACUCUGCAGACGUGUUAAUUACUCACAGAAUUAGAAUGAAGAUACUCGGAAGACUGGUUCCUAUAUAGUUCAAUGAGCUUGUUACACAGGAAUCUGAACAGAUUCAGAGUAGUGGGUGUGCAUUUGUAACGACGAAGAGUCGUUUUUAUUUUUUUUCUAUAAAGAUAUAAUUUCGAAUCGGUUUUUGUAUUGACGAAACGUGAAUAAAUCCGGUGGAGGUGGUUGAGCAACACUGGGCUGUGACUGGAACAGAGAUGGAUGAAAAGUGACAAACAUUGGCAGUAGAAUGGUCCGUACUAAAGAGCUCAGUGACUUUCAACGUGGCACCGUCAUAGGAUGCCACCUUUCCAACAAGUCAGUUCGUCAAAUUUCUGCCAUGCUAGAGCUGCCCAGGUCAACUGUAAGUGCUGUUAUUGUGAAGUGGAAACGUCUAGGAGCAACAACAGCGCAGCCGCGAAGUGGUAGACCACACAAGCUCACAGAAUGUGACCGCCGAGUGCUGAAGCGGGUAGCAUGUACAAAUCGUCCGUCCUCUGUUGCAACACUCACAACUGAGUUCCAAACAGCCUCUGGAAGCAAGGUCAGCACAAGAACUGUUCGUCGGGAGCUUCAUGAAAUGGGUUUCCAUGGCCGAGCAGCCGCACACACGCCUAAGAUCACCAAGUCAGGCCUUCAAGCAGUCACUGUCGCGGACGAUAUCAAGGAAAAAAUAAAACUUGACUUACCUAAAGUCAAAGGUCAACUGCUCAUUUUCGGAGCCACCAACUGGGAUCUCAUCGGAAGGAAAGAGGUGCCAAAAGCACAAGUGGCCUUCAGGAACCUAGGCCAGAACUUGUGGGGUCCUCACCGCUACGGCAGCCUGAGUGAUGUGCAGGUCAGCAGUGUGGUGUCUGGGCCCUGUGCUGCCCACAGCCUCCUAAUCACCACUGAGGGCAAGCUUUGGAGCUGGGGUCGAAAUGAAAAGGGUCAGCUGGGUCACGGGGACACCAAGCGCCUGGAGGCCCCAAAGCUGAUUGAGGCCCUCGCAGACGAAGUGGUGGUGGCUGCAGCCUGUGGACGUAACCACACCCUGGCAUUGACAGAGGGUGGCACCGCCUACUCGUUUGGAGAGAACAAACUGGGCCAGCUGGGCCAGGGCAACCAAACAGAUGCAGUCCUCAGUCCAGCCCUGAUCCAGUACAAUGGGCAGCCCUUGGUCAAGGUGGCGUGUGGGGCAGAGUUCAGCAUGGUGGUGGACUGCAAAGGAAACCUCUACUCCUUCGGGUGCCCAGAGUAUGGCCAGCUAGGACACAACUCUGAUGGCAAGUUCAUUGCCCGCGCUCAGCGCAUCGAGUUUGACUGUGAGACCAUUGCACGCCGCGUGGCCAUCUUCAUCGAGAAGAGUAAGGACGGCCAGGUGACGCCUGUACCUAACGUGGUGGUACGAGACGUCGCCUGCGGAGGCAAUCACACGCUGAUAUUGGACUCCCAGAAGCGGGUGUUUUCCUGGGGCUUUGGUGGUUAUGGACGGCUGGGUCACAUGGAGCAGAAGGACGAGAUGGUGCCCAGACUGGUGAAGCUCUUUGACUUCCCCAGGCGCGGGGCAUCCCAAAUCUACACUGGCUAUCAGUGCUCCUUCGCUGUAAAUGAGAUGGGAGGGCUGUUUUUCUGGGGGGUCACCAAUACCUCGCGGGAGUCUACCAUGUACCCCAAGUCCGUGCAGGACCUGUGUGGCUGGAAGGUCCGCAGUCUGGCGUGCGGGAAAAGCAGUAUAGUUAUCGCUGCAGACGACAGCACCAUCAGCUGGGGACCCUCCCCCACCUUUGGAGAACUGGGAUACGGAGACAACAAGGCCAAGUCCUCCACUACUGCUCAGGAGGUGAAGACCCUGGAUGGAGUUUACACUGAACAGGUGGUGAUGGGAUACGCACACUGCCUGGUCAUCGCCAGACAGGAUACUCCACAGGAACAAGAGAAGCUCAAGAAGCUGCCAGAGUACAACCCAGGCCCCCUCUGAUGUGGCACCAUCCAGCAACCUUACCAUUUGUCAACAGAUUCUCUCCAGAAUGCACCUCCCCUUUAGGUCACCUUUGUAAAGCUUGAUGGAUGGCUGGGGAGAGUGGGCUCUUAUGAGUAUGUAUGCAAACACUUCAAAAAACAAGUCAGUUCUUUUUGUGUUUGUUCCCAAAGACCAAUUACAUUUUCUUUGUUCAUGAAGUCCAUGGCAGUAUUACUCUUUGUCAGGUCGAUCUGUAUGCAUUGUCAGAACACAAUCGGGAUCUGAGACAUUGUGCCAUCAAGUUGAUGCUCUCCGGCCAGUGACUUAUGUUACAUUCUUUGGUUAAUCUCUUCACUUGUAUGAUUAAAUGUUGGUGUUGAGGAUGCGAAACUGUCCCUCAGGCCAGUAUCUGCUUGUCAUUCCAGACUUUUUUCACCUCAGUGACUCCUUUUAGCCUGGGAAUCCAGGUGUGGGCACUGCAAUCUUGGCAAUGAAAACCAGCAUGAAUGUGGUUUUGCGACUCUCUUUUAGUGCAAAUGGUUAACAGAGUGUGGUUAUCCUAGUUUUAAAUCAAGACUGGUUGUUUUUCUUCAUUUGUUUUGGUGUCUGGGUCAGAAGGCCUGCAUGUUUUUUACAUUUCAAAUGUGGAAAUGGUAAAGGUUAAUUAAAUUGGUUGAUUUUGUUCAGUCUGUUCUGACAUUGCCUGCCCUCCUGCCUUCCCCCCACUUCAAGAGGGGUUAAAAGCUAUUGUUGGCCAGUAAAUCUUGUCAUCACUGCUGUCAACAGCCUGGUUUUGACCACUGUAUGUAGCAGUUAGUAUGCAUCCAUCUGCUGACCAAUCAUCCACCGUAUUUUGGAUGAGCUAGGAGUAGAUGACUGGGAUCGUACAGAUGGGCAAGUUUCUUGUACAUACCGAUGAUGUGUACUCCAUGGCUUGAUUUCGGGUCACACUUCUAGCACCAAUCUGAUUUAACUAAUUCUGACAGGCAAAUUUCCCCAUUUACAAAUGAGCAUAUCACACCGUACACAGGUUGAGCUGCCAAAUACUUGAGAUUCAUGAUUUACAGAUGGUUAUGCUGGAUUAACAUUGUGGAAGGUUGACUGUUUUGUCUGCAUUUUGGGAGUUAUGGCUAGCUGAAUCUAGUGCCUUCAGAAAGUAUUCAUACCUGUUCACACAGUUGUUUCAGCCUGAAUGUAAAAUGUAUUACAUUGUUUUUUUACACUUGUAUACAAACACCCCAUAAUGUCAGAAUUGUUUAAAUUUGUACAAAUUAAAUAAAAAUGAGAAGCUUAAA